UUGACUUGGGGUAAACUGGGUCCCCGCCGAUUUUACUCGAGCCCGAGUCAUCAUGAACUCGGCUGAAUAGUCUACAAACCUAUGGUGCUGCAGUCAGAUGUGGAUCCUAGGCGGGUAAGAAGCCUAACAAGGUCAAAUUUUGCGCCAUAUAAAUUAACCAUUUCAAAACUAAAGCUAUCUCCCCUCAAAAUGGCGUCGUUUUUGCUCCGUCGCGCUUCCUGCAGCGCCACCAGGAUCCUCUCCUCUCCACUCGCUCUGCCCACCGCCACAAUAAUCCCCAAAUCAAACCCUAGCCCUAAUUUUAUCUAUCACCACUAUUUACUUCACCAUUUCACUCAGUUUUCCCGCCAAAACAAAAUUCCUAGCCCUUAUUUAGCCUUCAUUAAGGAAAUCUCCAAUAUUCCAAGCACAAAAGAAGAGAAAGAACACAAGCGAAACAAUGGAGAGUUGCCAAAGAGAGGAGAGAAGUCUUGGAUUGAUGUCUAUUUGCCUAGACAAGUCCGGCCUUAUGCACAUUUAGCUAGGCUUGAUAAGCCCAUUGGGACCUGGCUUCUUGCUUGGCCUUGUAUGUGGUCAAUCUCAUUGGCAGCAGAACCUGGAAGUGUACCUAAUUUUAAGAUGAUGGCGUUAUUUGGCUGUGGGGCUUUGCUUUUAAGAGGAGCUGGGUGUACUAUAAAUGAUUUGCUUGAUAGAGAUAUUGAUACGAAGGUCGAAAGGACAAAGCUAAGGCCAGUUGCCAGUGGUCUUUUGACGCCAUUUCAAGGUCUUUGUUUUCUUGGUUUUCAAUUGUUUUUGGGUCUUGGGAUUCUUCUUCAACUGAAUAAUUAUAGUCGUAUUUUGGGAGCUUCAUCCUUGUUGCUGGUCUUCUCCUAUCCCCUUAUGAAGAGAUUUACAUUUUGGCCUCAAGCAUAUCUUGGUUUAACAUUUAACUGGGGAGCUUUACUGGGAUGGUCUGCAGUUAAGGGGAGUCUGGAUCCAGCUAUUGUGAUACCACUAUAUGCUAGUGGAGUAUUUUGGACCCUGGUGUAUGACACAAUAUAUGCUCAUCAGGAUAAGGAAGAUGAUCUUAAAGUGGGUGUUAAAUCGACGGCCUUGAGAUUUGGGGAUUCAACAAAGGAGUGGAUCACUGGGUUUGGAACUGCAUGCAUUAGUAGUCUUGCCCUCUGUGGAUUCGAUGCCGAUAUUGGGUGGUCAUUUUAUGCAUUUCUGGCAGCUGCUUCGGGUCAAUUAGCUUGGCAAAUAUGGACAGUUGACCUAUCAUGCCGGGCUGAUUGCAAUAGAAAAUUUGUGUCAAACAAAUGGUUUGGUGCUGUUGUUUUUAGUGGCAUUUUGUUUGGUAGACUUUGGUCAUAGAGGUAUUGUCACUUUUCAGUAAAGCUGACAACAUAAUGUGGUUCUGAAUUUGACCCUCUUAGGGUGUUCCUGCUUGACAUCAUCUUGAUGAUAAGGCAAACUCAUAAAAGAUAUGCUUUUUGUGAACUGGAGGACAGCUUUUGUUGCUGACAUCUAGGAACUGAGCAAUAUGGCUGCGCUAGAAGUCAGAGGGGUGGGUUUAGAUCUAUUUUGUUCAUUUGGGUUAUAAAAACCAUUAGGUAGGCAUUCUUCGUUUUUAAUUCAAUUUCACUAUUUGAGAUUCAGUAUUAUAGUUAGAAUGAGACAGAUACAUACAGCAUUCUCUUUGGCCAGAAAUGUUGUUGUAAGCAUCUCAACUUAUUUUUGUUCGAAUAUGUUGAUAUUGAAGAGAAAAGCCUUGAGAGUUAUUAUUA